AUGGUUGGUCCAGGCGGCGGUCCACCACGUAAGAGCCACACCAAAUCCCGCAACGGCUGCAAAACAUGCAAGAGAAGACAUAUUCGAUGCGAUGAGACUUUCCCGCAGUGCCGCAAUUGUACAAAGCACAACUGCCGCUGUGACUACCGGGAUGCGGCUACCACUCAAGGUGGUAGUCCCCCCGCGGCGCGCCGCGGUCCCGACCUCCUCACUUCGCCAGAGAUCGAAAUGGAGAUAGAUAAUUGGCAUCGCACGGGCGUGCCUCCGUAUCCGGAGCUCUUGCAGUGUCCGCGAUCAGGGUGGUCUGGCUUGUCACGGACGGAUUUGCGCCUGAUUCACCACAUAAUUGGGAUUUCUAUCGACUUGCAUCGUCGGGGGUUGAGUGGUUGCACUGUGUGGGCGCAGAAGAUGCCCAAUUUCCUGGCGAUUUCGUUGGGCAGCGACUUCGUUAUGAGCUCUAUCUUGAGCUUUUCGGCGUUUCAUCUUGCUUUCCUUACGCAAGACCAGGAGACGAAGCAGUUGGCUUUCCGUUAUAAAGUCACAGCCCUCCAAGGACUACAGACCGCUCUGGGAUCCUUCUCGAAGGAGAACUGCGAUGCCAUUCUCUCAGCUUCUGUUCUUUUGUCCUGGCAGGCUACAGACCAGCAAAGUUGGGCAUCUUUGCAACACGGCAUCUCCAGCGUCCUAGAAUCCAUGCAUCCAUUUUGGAAGCAAGAAUCGGAUGUUGCGCAGUUGAUCGAGAACCAACGAGCAUUGAGCACGACAGAUCUUUCAAUGGCCGGGGUUUACCAACCCCUCGACGAAGACAUGGUAUAUCUAGAUCAAACGAUCCAGGCCCUACGAAUGGCACAAAAGCGUACUUCCCAUAACCUUGAGCACUCUCAACGCUUAGGAGAACUCAUCGAAUUCAUCCAGCAAUUUCGGGACGACUUCCCCAACCAAACAGCCGAACAAUCAUUCGAAAGCAUUCAAACCCUCCGCCGCUGGCUUUUCUGGCUCCCACCAUCCAUGCUCCGAAAUAGCGAAUCGGAGAUCAACACCCUCCCAAUACUCGCCCAAUUCUUCGCCGUCGGCAUCUCUCUCGAUCGCUUCUUCCCAGAGCUAGGCGGUGCAUACUUAGGCGCCCCAUCCAUCAGUCCCAUCGAAGAGAUGCACCGCAUAAUAGCUACCCACAACGCCGCAGACCCUUUCAACACCGAGCUGCGUCUAGCCUUAGAACUCAUGAACCUGCCUCGCAGUAUCGUUUCCCGCUAUCGCUACCGCCUCCCCCUCCCCUGGUCCCCCCGCUCAUCAGUCGACCACUACUCUCCGGGCCCACCCAGCCCUUUCCAUCACAAUAUACACGAGUACCCGCUCGUCGCCUCUUCCUCGCCCGCUUCCGCCUCGCCUUCUUACGCAGCUUAUACCCCACCCUUGCAAUCUCCUCCCACCGCUACUCUUACCAACUCUGCCUUCCCCAUUCAAGACGGUUAUGUCUCCGCCGCACCCUCACAUUCUCUAUACCCACCCUCCCCACAGCUCCUCGGUAACCACGAUGUGCACCUCGGUCUCUCGGAUAUGGGUCAUGGCCAUGCCCACUCUCAUCAUGCUUCCAUUCCUCAUUCAGCGGCUUACACCCCGCCGUAUGGUGGCGAUGUGCUGUGUGCCGGCUUGCCACGUGUGGAUGGCACACUCGGUCUUAACUUGGAGGUCUAUCCACAAACACAUCCGUUUGAAAUGCCGGGCUUGGCAGCUCCUACUUCACUUUGGACUUGA